UAGUGCUCGCGUAUCAACCAUCAUCGCAACCUGUGUAUCGUAUGGUUCCAGGGAACAAAGAGAGAACGUUACAGACACCCUGAGAAAGGUAUCAUCUAGAUCAAAGUAAGGUACCUUUUUCCUUGAUGGAUGGUUUACAUUCGCCCACCACGUAUUCUUUCUCCUCACACAUAUAUAUUGAGAGGUCGUGCACCUUCAUUCUCUAUCACUCACUGCGACAAAAGCAUGGAGAUGGCUACACUCACUAAUACUUUCCUAAUUAUCUUCUUAAUCUUAAUUACGUCAGGGGCAAAACCGUCCGAAUCAGCAAGAAUCUUCACCAUGACAAACGACUGCAAAGAAACAAUCUGGCCUGCAAUUACCCCUGGCGAAAAUUUCGGUGGUGGAGGUUUUGAACUCAAACCGAAACAGUCGAUCGUCUUCACGGCCCCCGUCGGGUGGUCAGGCCGGAUCUGGGGCCGAACCGGAUGCAACUUCGGCAAAACCGGGACCGGUUCCUGCCAGACAGGCAGCUGCGGGGACGCCAUCAAAUGCGGGGCUUCGGGCAAAACCCCUGCCACGCUGGCAGAAUUCACACUCGCGUCUCCCGAUUUUUAUGACGUCAGCAUGGUCGACGGCUUCAACUUGCCGUUAGCUGUAACGCCCGUUAACGGUAAGGGGAACUGCAGUGCGGCGGGGUGUGACGGAGACCUGAAUCUAAAGUGCCCGAAAGAGCUCGCCGUUAAAGUGGGCGGCAAGACGGUGGGUUGUAGGAGCGCGUGUGACGUGUUCGGCUCCGACGAAUAUUGCUGCAAGGGGGUGUUUGGGAAUCCGGUGACGUGUCAGCCCACGUCGUAUUCGAAGCUGUUCAAGGCAGCGUGUCCCGCGGCCUACAGUUACGCUUACGACGAUCCCACGAGCAUUUUUACGUGCUCCAGCACCGAUUACAUCAUUACGUUCUGCGCCUCCAGGAAGAAAACGGUUUGCACGUAUCAUGACAAUAAGGUGGUUUGUAAUGGAUCUGACGGCUCCAAAUCACCCACUCUCAAAUGGUUGGCUGUGAUGCUUUUUUAUGCAUUGAUAACUUCCUGGGCCAUAUCAUAGGAAGUCUUAUUUUUCACCAUUUUUGAAAUGUACUAAAUUGCCAUUUAUUUAUUUUAAUUGUUUCUCCUCUCACAUAACUAUGGAAGAGAGGGUUUAUUUUUAUUUUUUUCAUGUAGUAAAAUUCAUAUGUACAGAUCUGUUCACAAAUAAUAAAAAUAAAGGAAGACAUUCACA